AUGGGCUCCCUCUCUCCUGAGCCCACCAAAACCCCAAGCGCCAUCGACGCAAACAUCAACACCACCAGCAGCCCGCAGUCCAUAUUCCACGUCGUCCACUUCCGUUACUACGCCCACAUCCCGCCGUCGACGCGGGCCGACGUUGCACGCCGCUUCCUCGCGCUGCAGUCGGCGUGUAUCCUCCCGCGCACCCGCAAACCGUACAUCCGCUCCUUCACGGGCGGCCGCGACGUCAGUGUCGAGGAUCUGCACAAGGGCUUCCACGCCGUCUUCAUCCUCGAGUUCGCCUCCCAGGGCGACCGCGACUGGUACGUGCACGAGGACCCCGUGCACCGGAACUUUGGCGUCGGCGUGUUGACGGGCGUGGUGGAGGAGGUUAUGGUUGUGGAUUUUCGGAGGGGCGAAUUUUGA